AUGCGCAUCAUUCCCCUUCCAGAGAAAACGGUCCGUCUUCUGGGCUCUGCGGCGGCCGUUUCCUCACCAGUUGACGUGAUCAAAGAGCUCCUGGACAACGCUCUUGACGCGGAAGCCAACUCUGUCGAGAUACUGGUUUCACCAAACCUUAUUGACAGGAUCCAGGUCAGGGACAAUGGGCACGGAAUUCAAGAAGAGGACUUUAAAUCACUCGGCUGCGUGGGCCAUACGAGUAAGCUGCACUCCUUCGAAGAGCUACAGGCCCUUGGGGUGAAGACGCUUGGUUUCCGGGGUCAGGCACUGGCCAGCACGAACUCUCUGGGCCGCAUCACCGUCGUCACCAGGUGUAUCGGAGACUCGACAGCUAUGAAACUAACUAUAUGUGCCGGUGUUGGCGGAAUUGAGAGCCAGCAGCGGGUCUCUGCCCCAGUUGGCACGACUGUGACCGUGACGGGGCUCUUCAAAUUCAUUCCGGUCAGGGAACAAGUUGCUGAGAAGGACGCACAAAAGAAUCUCGCCAAAGUCAAGCAUCUGUUUCAGGCUUAUGCUCUGGCUAGGCCGCUGGUUCGCCUUUCCCUCAAAGUAGUGGGAGGAGAUAUCAAGCAGAAUUGGUCUUACUCGCCACGCCCUGGGGCCGGCGUCAGAGAGGCUGUUGUUCAGGUAUUCGGGGCUGGCGUCGUGGCGGAAUGCGUCUUCAGAACAGAGUCCUACAAGGCAGAUUCACCUACAGGGAAAGACGCCCACGAAAAGACACAGAUUAUCAUCGAGGCAGUCUUACCCAAGCCAGAUGCAGACCUGUCAAAGCUGUCCAAGGGUUCCUUCGUAUCUGUCGACUCCCGUCCCGUUUCGACCUCGCACGGCACCAUGAAGAAAUCGAUGUCAAUACUCAAGGCGCACUUCAAGACAUCUUUGGCUGUGGAUGCUGAAGACAGAAGAUUGACCGAUCUAUUCACCUGCGUCAACGUCAAGUGUUCCCCCGGUUCUUAUGAUCCCAAUGUCGAGCCAUCGAAGAGCCAAGUCCUUUUCGUGGACGAGUCUCAGCUAGUCGGCCUAUUCGAGGGACUUUGCUCGAACACGUACCAGAAUCUACGGGCUGUGGACGCUUUCGCAACGAUCGAAAGAAGGCCACUUGCAAGAGAUACUCAGACGCAAACACCGCCGCCAAGCAGUGAUGGACCCCAUCAUUGCCACAAGCCAUUCACAUCGCACCUUGAUGAGCUGCCCUACGUUGAGCACAUUCGUCAGCCCAGAACACCUGAAGCACUUAGUCCAAAUAUUUCCCUGCGAGGUCCUUUGGAUGUAUGUGCCGUCCCGUCUCAGCAAGCGUGUCGUCUUCGAGCGCCAGAGACUCAGACGAAGGCCAGUCUUCAAACAUUGCUGUUACAUGAGUCCGGGAACAGUGUUCCGGAUCCAACAAACCCAUCUAAUAGGCCAGGUCGCAAGAGGAAGUUCGUUGUGAACAUGUCAACGGACCCGAACCUAUCAUCAGACGAAGAAGCCGAGACUAACGGCCUCGGUUCCUACGACUUGCAGGAGACGUUUCCAUCGCACGAAGGGCCAAGCGACAGCCACAAAGAAGCCUUGAACCCCUGGACUAUCGCAAGAUUGACUGCACCUGCUCGGCAGAUAACCGCUGAUGAUGUCACGGAAGCCAGCGCCGGUCGACAUGUUGUGCGUACAGAAGAGCAUUAUGGAUUUUCCGCACCUGUCGAACCAUUCGAGGAGGAAUUGCCGAUCCUGCAGCCACAGAUGAACGCACCCAGGGACCUGGAUACACCUCGCGUGAAGAGAUUUUCAACAUCGCAUAUCGGUCAUGUUCAAGCCCCCAAUAUCACAUAUGCUGGCCCGCCGAAUUCUCGAUAUCCACAGACAAGUUCUCGAGGAACAAUUCAUGAGCCGCCUCAGUCACUUCCGCCCGCGGACCGAUCGACCGAAAGACGCCAGCUGCCCGAUUACAGGCCACACAGCGAUACAGCCGCUGACAAAAUCGAUCGAGAUGGGCUGUUUCAGACCACAUUAUCCUUUGACGAGUCACGAGAGUCCCAGCACGAUGACCCAGCCCAGGCGCAGCUUCGCAUCGACGACAUCCCGACGCGAAUGCGGCAAAACCCCCCAUUCCGGAAACCUAGAAGAGUCAACAAACGUGAUCAGGGUCACAGCGAGCGCGAAGAUCAUUCAAUUGAACAGCGAAACGCCGAGAAGAUCGCGAAUGUCGCCAUGACAGACCACCGCUUGGCGUCAUCUACACUACCGGAUCUCCGUCCUGUGGCCCUUGGAGACGGCCAUGGCGCCCAUCUGAUGACUGAACAACAGGCAGCCGGGAUCAGCACGUUUGAUGGGGAUUCUAGACAGUACCUGAUACGAAGGCAGCGCUCAGAGGCGGCACAUCGGAGAGAGGGCCGGCAGUCCAUCAAAAGGACGAAAACUGACAAGUUGCCCCUAGAGACAAUUCCUUCCGGCAAUGGAACAGGACAGCUCGUAUUGUACCUGAGCCACGAGACAGCCCAGACCUGCAUUGCGUCGAAAAGAACGGCCUCUUUGACUGCUUACCGCGAGGGAGUGCGCUUCGGCGACACGAUGAGCUUGGAGGAUGUGAACGACAUCCAGUCUAAACUGCAGACCGUGGUUGCAAGCUGGACAGAGAAGACCUUUGGGGAGAAAGCAGAGAUCGAAAUCGAUCUACGGAAGGCAGUGAAGAGAACUGUGGCCGCUUAGCCGUUGUUGCUCCGACGUGUGAACAUUUACAUUUAGGGAGUUUGUUC